AUGAGAGAUUUUUAUGCGGAAUUUGUUAACCAAACGCUUGAAACAAUUUUACAUUACAUUCCUUUUUCUGAUAAAACUAUGCUACCAAUUGACGUAACUGAAAGUUCAGAAGAAAUAACCGAAACGACAAAAGUGCCUACAGAAACGACGCCCGAGAUGGAAACUAUCACAUUUACAGAAAUAGAAACAGAAUCAACAUAUGAAACAGAAACCACCCCAUACACUGAAACAGAAACAACAGAUAUUACAGAGACAAGCCCAACAACUACAAUGGUAACAACGCCAAAGAUAGUGAGUACAUCAAAAAGAAUAAAAACGGCAAAAGUAAAAACAACACCAUGGUCAUUACCAAAGCCACCUAGAGUAAAGCCAAUAACGGUCAUUGGGUCAACAACAAUGAUGACUUUGAAACCAAAGUUAAAAAUUGUGACAACGCCAACAAAUUUUACCCCGUCAAAGAUUAUAACUACACCUAGAACAAUAUGGAAGCCAAAAACAGCAAAAACACCAGCAGUACUAAUUUUUGUGUCAGCAAACCCAAUAAUAGUCUCGAAACAAACAACAGUUAAAGCACCAACAAAAGCAACUGCAUGGAUAAAAUUGACAAGGCCAACAACAGUCAAGAUUCCCAAAGGACGUGUUUUCGUGUCACCAAAUCCAAUAACGGUUAAAACGCAAAAGACAGUGAAAGGACAAACAACACCAAUAAAAAAUACAACACCAACAACAAUCAAGAAAUCAGGAGUAGGAGUUUUCGUGUCACCAAAUCCAAUAAUAGUUACAAAACGAACAACACUAAAGGCAGUGCCAACGAGAACACCUGCAACAACACUAAUGACAUUACCAACGAGAACAACAAUGAAGACACCAACAAGAGUAGUUAUGUCAACGACUAUGAAAAUACCAAGGACGUCGACAGCUCUGAGAAUACCAAAAACCUCAACGACUCUGAGAAUACCAAAGGCCUCAACAACUCAGAGAUUAACAAGAACAACUAGCAAAGGACCUUCUAUUAUAGUAAGAAGAAUGUCGCUACCAAUUAGUAAAGGUAAAAAAAUUGAUAACCUUAGCGGGAAAUUGUUAGACAGGUCGGUUCAGUUAGAUUUAGUCAAUAUUCAUGGAUACAAAGCAGAAAUUCAUACUGUAGUAACUCCUGAUGGAUACUUAUUAACUCUACACAGAAUAAAGCCAAAAUCAAAAUUCACAGGAAGAAACAAUAACAAAACUGUUAUUUUACUACAUGGCUUGCUAGGAAGCUCCAUAGAUUGGAUUUUACUGGGACCAAAACAUUCUCUUCCUUACAAGUUGAUCAACGCUGGAUACGAUGUGUGGUUACCAAAUGUUAGAGGAAAUGCGUUCUCUAGAGCACAUGUGAGUAAAAGUAUACAUUCCGCUGAAUUCUGGGACUUUUCAUGGCAUGAAAUUGGGCUGUACGACUUAUCUUCUAUAAUAGAUUACAUUAGAGAAAAAAAUUCUGUAAAAAGCCAAAUAAUUUUGGUAGCUCAUUCAAUGGGGGCCACUGCAUUGAUGGUUCUUUUAUCAACAUCACCGCAUUAUAACACGAUUUUAAGUUUUGUCAUUCUAUUAGCACCGUUGGUAUUCAUGCAGCAAGCUAAAGGUCCGCUUCGCCUUCUUUCAGAAUUUAAGAGUUUAGAUCACAACGCCACAGUUAAGAUUUUAGGGGACCGUAGUUUUAAUCCAGUAGACUCAUUUAUGAGAGUUGCUAGAAAGAAAUUCUGCAAAGAAGAUGCUAUUCUUUGUUCUGUGAAGACAAUCCUACAUUUUUGUCAACUAAUUAAAAGCGGUCAAUUUGAAAUGUAUGACUUCGGAUCUACAUUUAAUCUUAAAAAAUAUGGCACAGUCUCCCCACCAAAAUAUCACUUACGUGACAUUAAAUUGCCUAUGGCGUUGUUUAACUCGCACAACGAUUGGCUAUCCACAGUGCCUGAUAUUCUAAAUUUAAUGUCACAGCUUACAAAUACAGUAACCCAUCAUGUAGUGCAGUUAACUUCUACUGAAUUCAAUCACCUUGAUUUUGUUUUAGGCAUUAACGCCCCAAAAUUAGUAUAUAAACAUGUUUUUGAUGUUUUGGAUCAAUUAUUUUAA